AUGAGAAUCUAUUCAUGUCAUUUCUGCUCUUCUCCAGUAUACCCUGGUCAUGGUAUAAUGUUUGUGCGUAAUGACGCUAAAGAAUUCAGAUUCUGUCGUUCCAAAUGUCAUAAAGCUUUCAAACAACGUCGUAACCCAAGAAAAUUGAAAUGGACUAAAGCUUUCAGAAAAGCUGCUGGUAAAGAAUUGGCUGUUGAUUCUACUUUAACAUUCAGUGCUAGAAGAAAUGUUCCAGUUCGUUAUAAUAGAGAUUUGGUGGCCACAACUUUGAAAGCUAUGGCUAGAGUUGAAGAAAUUAGACAAAAACGUGAAAGAGCAUUUUACAAGAAUAGAAUGAAAGGUAAUAAAGAAAGACAAAUUGCUCUUGAUAAGAAACUGGUUGAAAGUAAUCCUGAAUUAUUGAAGAUGAGAGAAGUUGAAAUUGCAAGAAAAUUGGCUAAACAAGAAGCUAGAGAACAAAGA